GCGCGGGGGGCCAUGGACUAAGGCGGCGGCGGCGGCGGCGGCGGCGGCGUGGGAGGACGAAGAUGGCGGCCGGCAAGAGCGGCGGCAGCAGCAGCAGCAGCGGCGGCGGCGGCGGCGGCACCGGCAGCGGCAGCAGCACCAGCAGCAGCAGCAGCAGCAGCAGCGGCAGCAGCAGCGGGAGCAGCGGCAGCAGCGCCGGGGAGGUGACUUUUCUGGCAGCUUUGUCUAGAUCAGAGUCUAAGAGAGAUGGAGGUUUUAAAAAUAAUUGGAGCUUUGAUCAUGGAGAAGAAAGUGAAGGAGAUACAGAAAAAGAUGAGGCAAAUCUACUCAGUGUAGAUGAAGAUGAAGAUUCUGAAACUUCAAGGGGUAAAAAGCCGAUUCAUCAAUCUGAAAUUGUUACUACUGGUUCUGAUGAUCCCUGGAAGACAAGACGAAACAAGGCUGACAGUACAAAAUCUUUAAAAGGCAACUCAGUUGGACUUAACAUGUUGAACAACAAUAAGAAAUUGAGUGAAAACACACAAAAUGCGUCAUUAUGUUCUGGAACUGUAGUUCAUGGUAGACGUUUUCAACAUGCUAAUGCACAGACAGUAAAAACAGCAGCCCAAAGCACUGUGGACCAAAAGGAAAGGAAGGAAUACCCACCUCAUUUCCAAAAAUUUGGAAAUAAUCCUGUAAGGUUAAGUCGGCCCCAAGGAGUUGAUCGUAUAAUGAAGAAAACAGAGGAGUCAGAUUCACAUGUGGAGUCUGAAACUAAAAGGAAAACACCUCAGAAACGUCAUAGUAAUGUCUAUCAGUCCACACCUUCUACUCUCUCUCCUGCUUCAAAAAAAUGCUUAAGCGAUUUAGAGGACUUGCAAAAAAACUGCAAGCAAGCUGUAACUUUGAAUGAAUCCUCUGGAGCAUUGUUGAGAGCAUCAAUUCAUCAAAAUUGCGGAGGACAGAAGUCACAAAGCACAGGAUUACUACCCAGAAAGUUUUAUGGCAACAGUGUGGGAAAUGUUCCACUUGAUAUCAUUGUGGAUUGUGAUAAUGGUAGACAAAACUAUUUACAGCCGAAUGGAAGAGUACUUUUACCUAGGGCAAAAGUAGCCAGAAUCGCAAACUUGAAAGAAAGGAAAACAAGCCUGUCUGAUCUAAAUGAUCCAAUUAUUUUGUCCAGUGAUGACGAUGAUGACAAUGACAGGAAUAACCGAAGAGAGAGCAUAUCUCCUCAACCUGCCGAUUCAGCGUGUUCUUCUCCAGCACCGUCCACUGGAAAAGUAGAAGCAGCACUGAACGAAAACACCUGUAGAGCAGAGCAUGAAGUAAGAAGUUUUCCAACAGAUUCAGAAUUAAGUACAGUGACAUUGCCAAGAAAAGCAAGAAUGAAAGACCAGUUUGGUAAUUCUGUUAUCAGCACACCUCUAAAACGUCGCAAAGUGAUUUCUCAAGAACCUGUAGUUGAUCCUGUAUCUUUAAGCUGCCAAAGUAAAUUUGGCAGUGUCAUUUUGAACUGUCGAAGUAUACGAGUAGGAACUCUUUUCAGGCUAUUAAUAGAGCCUGUAAUUCUUUGUUUAGAUUUUAUCAAGAUACAGCUAGAAGAACCAGAAAAUGAUCCUGUAGGGAUUACUUUAUAUACCUCUGAUUUAACUAAAUGUGAAUGGUGUAAUGUUCGAAAAUUACCAGUAGUGUUUCUUCAGACAGUACCAGCAGUUUAUGAAAAACUGAGCAUGCAGCUGCAAAUGAAUGCGGAGAAUAAAGUUUGGAAUGAUUGCAAAGGAACAAAUAAAUUAAAAAAUUUGGAAGAAAAGUACAUAAUUUUAAUUUUUCAAAAUGGCCUCGAUCCUCAGGCAAACACAAUAUUUGAAAAUAUCAUUAACGACAUUGGUAUAAAAAAUAAUGUGUCCAAUUUUUUUGCAAAAAUUCCCUUUGAAGAAGCCAACAGCAGACUUGUUGCUUGUACAAAAACUUAUGAAGAAAGCAUCAAAGGAACUUGUGUGCAAAAAGAAAGCAAAAUAAAAAAUGUGCCCCUUGAAUCUAAAAUACAGAUGAAGAAUAAACAAGAAUUCCAGUUUUUUGAUGAUGAUGAAGAAACUGGAGAGAACCAUACCAUCUUCAUUGGCCCAGUAGAAAAAUUGAUAGUAUAUCCAGCACCACCAGCUAAGGGAGGCAUCUCUGUUACUAAUGAGGACCUGCACUGUCUGAAUGAGGGAGAAUUUUUAAAUGAUGUUAUUAUAGACUUUUAUUUGAAAUAUUUAGUGCUUGAAAAACUGAAGAAAGAAGAAGCUGACCGAAUUCAUAUAUUCAGUUCCUUUUUCUAUAAACGUCUUAAUCAGAGAGAGAGAAGAAAUGUACAUGAAACAACUAAUCUAUCGAUACAGCAAAAGCGACAUGGGAGAGUAAAAACAUGGACACGACAUGUAGAUAUUUUCGAGAAGGAUUUUAUUUUUGUACCCCUCAAUGAAGCUGCACACUGGUUUUUGGCUGUUGUUUGUUUCCCUGGUUUGGAAAAACCAAAGUAUGAGCCUAAUCCUCAUUACCAUGAAAAUACAGUCAUGCAAAAGUGUUCCGCUGUAGAGGACAGUUGUAUUUCUUCUCCUUCAGCCAGUGACAUGGACAGUUGCUCACAAAACUCUUCUACCAAGCCUGUAAUUAAGAAGAUGUUAAGCAGAAAGCAUUGCAUAGCGGUGAUUGACUCAAGUGCUGAACAGGAAGAAAGUGACUCUCGUUAUCGGAGAAACAUAUGCAGUGUGAAAUGUAGUCUGAAAAAAAUAAAUCAUACUGCCAGUGAAAAUGAAGAAUCGAAUAAAGGAGACUCUGCAUGCCAGAAAGUUGUUGAUAGGACUAAAAAUGAGAAUGGCCUACAGAGCGAAUAUUUAAGUUCUGUGCACCAUACAGAUGGGCAAAUAAAGAUCAAGUGGCCAGAGGCAGAAAUUAAAGCUUUUUCCUCCAAAAUAGUUGUUGACAUUCAGAUUCAAGAUGGCUUAAGCAAAAUCAGACUAGACUAUAGUGAUGAAUCAACUGAUGGUAGUAAAAUGCUUGAAGAGGAACACAUUGACUUCUCAGAAGAUCAAGAUAAUCAGGAUGAUAGCAGUGAUGAUGGAUUCCUCGCCGAUGACAACUGCAAUUCAGAAAUAGGACAAUGGCACUUAAAGCCUAAUAUUUGUAAACAACCUUGUAUCCUACUAAUGGAUUCACUCAGAGGCCCUUCUCGGUCAAAUGUUGUAAAAAUCCUAAGAGAGUAUUUGGAGGUGGAAUGGGAAGUUAAAAAAGGAAGCAAAAGAAGUUUUUCCAAAGAUGUUAUGAAAGGCUCUAAUCCAAAAGUACCCCAGCAGAACAACUUCAGUGAUUGUGGUGUUUACGUGUUGCAGUAUGUAGAGAGCUUUUUUGAGAAUCCAAUCCUGAAUUUUGAACUACCUAUGAAUUUGACAAACUGGUUUCCUCCCCCAAGAAUGAAAACUAAAAGAGAAGAAAUUCGAAACAUAAUUCUGAAGCUGCAGGAAGAACAGAGCAAAGAGAAGAAGAAACCUAAGGACACUCCCUCAGCAGAAACAUCUUUAGGUGAAAGAACAGACCAGUGUGUCAACAAUAUCUCGGAUUGACCAUUUCUGAUGCGUGUCAGUAUUGCCUUCAGAAACUGUGACUUUCAAUUUGGUUAUAGACAGUAGAGAACUGAAAUGCUCACUUCUCAGUGAUUUGAAAUGUUAAUGCUUGUAUAAAUGUCAUAUAAUUAAUUUUCAAUGGAGUAUGUAUUAAGUAAAAGUUUGUAAAUAUGUUAAUGAAGCCAAUUUUUCCAGCAUUUAUAAUUAUUUUUUUCACUUGUUAGGAAGCUUUUGUUUUGUAUUUUCUGUUAAUAGUACUUAAAACUGCUCUCUAAACACAAAAUAAAUAAAAAGAAAAUAUUUAUAGGAGGAAAUGAUUAAUUGAUAUUCUUUAGUACUUCUGUAUCAAAUCCCUGUUGGUUGUGUUGCACAUUUCAUAGGAAUAUUCAGUUCUAUAAAUGAUGAUAAUCUUGGUGAUGAAAUGAGAUUAAAUGUGAAGUAUUUUAAAGGAGAAAGACAUCUUCAUAUGCUUACAUGGCUCAGAUUAAAUUUUUACAUUCCCUCAUAUUGAGAGAACCCCCAAAUUUAUAAAUACGUGUAACAUUACAACACAAUUAUCUAAGAAGAAGCAGUAUUAUGAGCAACUCAGAGAAAAACAGUCUGAAUCAGAGUACCAAAUAUGUUUAUUUAUAACAUUAUUGUUGACUACAUUUCUGAAGACAUCAAAAUCUCAGGUUUAAACUAUUUUGGUAAGUGCAGCUUGAACUCCAAAUAUCCCGUGUUAACUUUCUAUGUUAUAUCUUAAAAGUAUACUAUAAUCUGUGUGGUAUAAUUAAAUGGUGAAAAUUUUUAAUCUGUGAGCACAGAAAUUUAAAUAGGAAAUUUACUAUUUUUGGUAAUGGUUUUUUGCUAUUUUUUCAUUGCUUGUUUUCUUGUUAUUUUGAUAAAAUUUCAGACUGUGCUUGAAUUUUCAGUGUAAAUUAUUUUUACAUGUAAAAAAGUCUUUAAGUGAUAGUUUUGAUGACAGAUUUACGACUCAUGUAGGGAUCACGCAUAUAUCUGUUGAAACUUAUUUUUCAAAUGAAAUGUUAUACAUUUCUUUCCAGUUAACUUUGAAACUUGAAAUAUAUAUUUUAUAAGUUAUCAUUUGCUUAGUAAUGAAUUUAAGUGCACAUUUAACAAAGUAAUUGAGAAUAAAAGGUAGUUUAUUUUA